AUGUUAGGAAAGGAAGACAUGCAUGCAGAGCACGUUCCUUCUGUGCUACCUCCGGCUUUGCUGACCAGGAAGGUAGAGACUGUUCUGGCCAUUGUUCAACACAAGGGUGAAUUCCCAUUGUCCUUACCUCUUUCUGUCACUUUUUAUCCUUCCAAAGUCAUGAAUCUGCUGGAGCUUAUUUUUGAGCAAUGGCUCCGAAGACACCGUCCACUUCUGGAAGUUUACCCAGAAGCCAAUGCACCCAUUGGGCAUAACAGGGAAUCCUAUAUGGUGCCUUUCAUACCACUCUACAGGAAUGGUGAUUUCUUCGUUUCGUCCAAAGAUCUGGGCUAUGACUACAGCUACCUGCAAGAGCCAGAUUCAGACUUUUUUCAAAACUAUGUUGAGCCCUAUUUGGAACAAGCCACUAGGAUCUGGCCAUGGCUUCUUGGGGCAGCACUGUUGGGGGCUCUCCUAGCUGCUUCUCUGGCAGGGCUCAGCUGUCGGCUGUGUCUUCUCAAGAAAACCCGAUUCCAGGAGGAAAGGCAACCACUGCUCAUUGAAAGAAAUGAUUACCACAAUUUAUUGUAUCAGAGCCAUUUAUGA